AUGGCCUCCGCAGUCAAUAUUGGUGUUCGAUUAAUAAAUCUUAUCAAAACUUUGAACCUCUAUGAUGAAGACAAUGAAUUGCCUUUAGCUGAACAGCUCUUAUCUACACGUGUUUAUAUCGUAUCUCUUUUGAUAAAUUUCUUCAUUAUCAUCUCAUUCGCUGGUAUCAUUCCUCAAACUCGUUUAAUUACUGUGCCUUCACCGUCUCCUAAUGAUUUUGAGAAGUUAGCUGACAGUUACAGAUCUACAAUUAUUUGUCGUUGCUCUCAAGUAACGAUGCAUCAUAAACAAGUUUUUUCAUUCAAUCCACAAUUUCAUCAAGUUUGUUCGAGUAAUUUUAUCAAUGAAGAAUGGUUUUCCUCUUUGUUCAAUACAAUAACAAGCAGUUAUUAUCCAUUGGAAUUUCGUCUAAUGGCCUCUGCACAAUUUCAAAUUUUAUCUCUUCUCUGCCGAAUAUCACGUCAGAUCGUAUUCGAUGCUCUUACUGAAUUUUAUACGACAUUACUUAUUUCUACGCGUGCUCUAACACGCAGCGCUUUCAAUAACUAUACGAUUACACUUUUCCAACAAUUUAAUACAACAACUAUUACAAAUCAUCGUGUAUACAAUAGUUUUAUAUCUUCUAUUAUCGAGGAACAUCGCUUUAUAUCUGCUUUACGCACUAAUUUCUAUACUAGAAGUAUUCCUGGUAGUGACAAAUAUGAAACAUUUCCCGCUAUCUAUCCACAAAAUGUAGAUCUAACUCAAUCAUCUUUCAUAUCAAAUGAAACAUGUCGAUGUGAUCACACAAGCAGCUGUAUCUAUCCUGCUGGUAUCUAUAAUCAGUCAAAAGCCAUCGUUCCUAAUGAAGUAUUUUUACCUGAUGCAUCACUUCUAUUUGCUGUACCAGGAUUUCAAGUUGGAUGUGUACCUCAAAAUGCCUUGCUUCAAUCGACAUUAGAAUGCUUUUAUAAUCAAUCAUGCUUGGAUAUAGUCAUUAAAUUAACUGGUGCUCUUCCUACUGUCCAUGCAUUGAAUAUGUCAAGUUCUUCUCGAUUUGAUCCAACAACUACUGUCAGUGUUAUUUUUGAUCAAUUAAUGCUCGAAUCCUGGCAUAAUUCUGCUGAUUUUGCUGCCUAUUUUCGGAUUUGUGCGCCCAAAACUUGUUCCUAUUCUUAUCAACAACGUUUCUAUAUUAUUUAUAUAGUUACAGUCAUGACUAGUGUUUUUUGUGGAUUGAGUAAAGUGUUGAAUAUGGCAUCUCCAUUGCUUGUUAAAUUGUUUCUGCGCUUAUGCUCCCGACAAGUUCCUACGAUCGAGACUGAUGAAAGAGAUGAAUUAAACACAAGUAAAAUUAAUCUUUUCAAUAGACUUCUGUCCCUUCUCAUUUUUUUUGCUCUAGGUUGCCAUGAUCGUUUAUGGAAAAUUGCCAGGUUCGCUUAUCUUAAAGCUACUACAUUAAAUUUGUUUAAGACCACUUUCACUAAUGUCAAGCAUGGUAUUUAUUCUACUCGAAUAUAUAUCAUACUUUUGCUGGUUGGUAUUGGGAUUUUGACCAUCUAUUCCACUAAAAGAACUAUUUCAAUAAAAAUUAUUGUUCAAAAUCCAAAUUCGAGUCAAUUCGAAGAGCUUUAUAAAAUUUAUCCAUCGAUUCUAUCAUGCCCAUGUCGUCGUAUAUCAAUACCACGCUCAAUUUUCGCAUAUAAUGAAAUACAAUUUCAUCCAAUUUGUACGAGUCAUUUUAUUCGUGACGAGCAUUGGUUUGAAUAUUGGACGAUGAAAUUUCUCAAUGGUACUGUUGAUCCUGCUCCUUCUUUUCACUGGGCUGAUUUUCGAAAGAAUGGAUUGAAAAUUUUUAAUUAUGUCAGGAUAGUCUGUGAUUUGAUUACUCAAACCGCUUCUUAUUAUUUGAGUGCAUCUGAAAAGGAGGAUUUUUUUGCUGCUGAACCUACAAGAACGGCUGAGUUCAAUGAACUAACUACGGCAUGGAGCUCGUCUCUAGAUAUAAAAGUAGAAAAUUAUUUAAAAUAUAAUCUGGCAAUAAUUUAA